UCCGUCAGUGCCUGCCUAGCGGCGUUCAAGGCACAACCGGCCCUUUGUCUCCUCUGCGUUCACCUCGAAGAAGCAUCUGCUCCAAGCCAUGAAGUCCGCGUGGUCAACGCUUCUCCUCACUUCACUCAUCACAGGUUGUUAUGCCCUCCGUUUCUUGAACAUCUCAGUGCCUGGAGCCGUACCCGUCGGAGAACCUGUUUGGCUGAAGUGUGAUUUUGAUUUGGAAGGAGAUGACUUAUAUUCUGUGAAAUGGUACAAAAACCAUGUGGAGUUUUAUCGUUACCAGCCUCGAGACAGACCACCUGGACAAACAUAUCGAUUAGCUGGAACGUUUGUAGAUCUUGACCGAUCCAACAGUAGUCACGUACUUUUGACUUCAACAGACCUCAAUUCGGAAGGAUUAUACGGCUGUGAAGUAUCAGGUGAAGCACCUUCCUUUAGCACAGCAAAAUCUGAAGACGAAAUGCGUGUUUAUGCAUUACCAUCUUCUGGACCUGAUAUCAUUGGACUGCAACCUCGAUAUAUAAUAUCCGAUGAAGUAAAUAUUACCUGCUCGUUUGGGCCAUCAAAACCAGCAGCAAAAGUCAGCUGGUAUAUAAAUGGAGAAUUGGCCCAAGCUCAUCAUGUAACGCACUUACCUCCGAGGAAAACAAAAGAAGGCUUGCAGUGGAUAGAAUUACGCCUUUUGUUCAUCAUGGAUUCAAAAUACAUUCGCAAAGGAGGAUUGAGAUUGCAAUGUUUAGCAGAAGUAUUUCUGACUUAUGCUAGAUCUCAUCAUGAACUAGUGAUUGGGGAACGUUUAUCUGGACCAGGACCACAAAAUGCGCCGAAUGUCAUUCCAAGUCGUAGAAGACCACGAGUGAGCGGUAGUUCAAGUCGUUAUGAUGUUGGCGAUUUAGUGGACAUCAACUGCACCUCUGCGAAGGAAAGUACGCCACCAAUCCUCAGAUGGUUUAUCAAUGAUCGAGAAGUUCCACGCAUUCAUUUAGUUGACUAUGGUACGAUACGUUCUCAAUCUUCCUCGCUGGUAUCCACCGUUUUGGGACUUCGAUUCCAUGUCCAGCAGCAUCAUUUGCGACAAGGCGAGUUAAGAUUGCGUUGCGAAUCGACUCUUGCCAGAGAGAUUCUGCGAAGGAGAGAAGAAGUAAUCUUCGAAGGACGGCAUGAAACAGCAGAGCUUCAAGUUGCACAGAUUGCUAAUUCCGUAUCUGCAGACAGUAUCAAGUACGCCCCUUGCAUCUCUAUGCUGCUUUCUUUACUUUUAAUACUCCAUUCACUAUAUAGAAUGUCGCCUGUUAUCAAUGAUACAUAACAUGCAUUUCCAUUAUCCGAAAGCCCAGGACCUAUUUUCUACAAGUAGAAGACUGAGAACGCAAGCAUAAAAAAAAAUUACAGUUCGGAUAUAUUUACGCGUUAUUCAACUGCGUCUGCUUCUCCGAUAUUAUUCCUUUGGACGAUGACACUUCAUCAUAACGAGUUUUUCGAAGAAGCUACGAAUCUCCAGUGCAUAUGUAAAAACACUAUGUAUUCAUCUCUGAGGAACUGCUCAUUGUGACUAAGUUAUUGAAAAAAUCCCUUAUUUUCUAUGAGAGAAAGGAUACAGGAAUUCAAAUGGCGUCAUCACAGAUAGAAACUAUGAAUGUUAUAAAGAAAAUGGGAUUAGAAAGACAUGAGAUUGUUAUGAACAAUAAGAAUUCUUAUCCCUCCAAGCCGUACUUAGAUUUCAUUAAAUACAUCCGCAUUUUGGGUAGGAAUGCGUUUAAAAAAGGAAAUAAAUUGAUGUAUUAAUAAUUAUUUAACUGCUGUAUUUCCUCUCUUCGUUAUUUAUUUACGUUUCUUCCAUUUCUUUUACUAUUUCUUUUGAUAAUGGAAAUUUGGAAUUCUAAAAGAAAUUGAAACUGAACUGAAUGUAAUUAAGAAGAAAAUGGAAGAAAAUAUUUGAAUCAUUCCUCGUCACCUAAACCGAGAGAAGAUUUCUGUGUUUGUUCUAUAGGAUUGUAUAUUAAAGAAGACUUUCAAAGAAAGACUAAAUGUAUGAUAGAUUUACAAUCAUAAUAUCAAACAACAUAAUGAAAUUCGACCAAUUUAGCUCUAUGACUUUGCUUUAUAUGACAGUAGAUUACCGAUUUGUUAACGCUAACAUCUUCUAGCAAAUUCUCCUGCAAACAAAAUAUUUCAUGUAAACUCUGAGUGAUUGUGUAUUGGAACAUAACUAUUUACCAUCAUCAUUAUUAUGUACGUUAUAUUGUAUUUC